ACUACCACUUAUCGGAGUUGAUUAUUAUAAUAUUAGUUAAAGAUUAAUCAAAGAUUAAAGAGAUGUUGCUAGGGAAAGGCAUAGGGGUACUGGACUCGUUCACUAGUGGGCUCAGCGGUGGAAAAAAGAUAAAGGGAUCAGUGGUGUUGGUGAAGAAGAACGUGUUGGAGUUCAACCCUUUAGCCGCUACCGUUAACACUAGCACUGCCAUUAUUGAUCGUUUCGGCGAAUUCUUGGGCAAUGGAGUUUCUCUCCAGCUUGUUAGUGGUCACACUUCGGGAAAGCUCAGUAAAGAAGCUCACUUAGAGAACUGGAUCACUUCUUUGCCUGCUUUAACACCAGGAGACUCGGUGUUUAGAGUGAAUUUCGAGUGGGACGAAUCCAUUGGAGUCCCUGAAGCUGUGAUCUUCAAGAACAAUCACGUCGAUGAGUUCUUCCUCAAGACCAUUACCCUUGAUGAUGUUCCUGGUCAAGGUGUCGUUCGCUUCAUCUGCAACUCUUGGGUUUACUCAGCCAGAAAAUACAACUACAAUCGCGUUUUCUUCAGAAACAAGUCAUAUCUUCCGAGUGCAACACCAGCACCACUGCUUAAGUAUAGAAAGGAAGAGCUUGAGAACUUGAGAGGAGAUGGAAUAGGAGAACGCAAGGAGUGGGACAGAGUCUAUGACUAUGAUGUGUACAACGAUUUGGGUGAACCUGAUAAAGGUUCAAACUUUGCUCGUAAAAUCCUUGGAAAGAAUAGCGAAUUCCCUUACCCUCGUAGAGGAAGAACUGGCAGACCAACCACCAAAACAGAUUCUAGAACCGAGAGCAGGCUAAAACAAGUGAAUCUUAUGAAACCUCUAGAUCCUGUUGAAUCUUUAGACAUUUACGUUCCACGAGAUGAACGUUUUGGUCACUUGAAGAUGUCAGACUUCCUUGCUUAUGGACUCAAGUCUUUAUCCCAAGCCAUCGUACCUGCACUAAAACAUUAUUUUGAUCAAACUCGUAAUGAGUUUGAUAGUUUCCAAGAAGUACAUGAUUUGUAUGAAGGAGGAUUGAAGCUACCAACAUCAGUAUUUGAUUCUAUCAGGAAAAACGUUCCUUUCGACAUGCUCAAGGAAAUGUUUCGAACUGAUGGUGAACAGUUCCUUAAAUUCCCUUUGCCUCAUGUGAUAAAAGCGGACAAAUCUGCAUGGAGGACUGAUGAAGAAUUUGGAAGAGAAAUGGUUGCUGGUGUGCACCCUGUCCUUAUUCGUCGCCUAAAAGAGUUCCCACCGACUAGCAAGCUAGACCCUGAAUUGUAUGGUGAUCAAACUAGCAAAAUUACUGAGGACCGCAUUAAGAACAAUUUGGAAGGGCUAGGUAUACAUGAGGCACUCUUUCAAAACAAGUUAUUUAUAUUGGAUCACCAUGAUUCGUACAUACCAUACUUGAGGAGGAUAAACUCAACUUCUUCAAAGGCUUAUGCAACUCGAACUCUCAUCUUCUUGAAAAAUGACGGUACAUUAAAGCCUGUUGCCAUAGAAUUAAGCUUACCACAUCCAGAUGGUGAUCAAUAUGGUGUUGUUAGCAAAGUAUAUACCCCAGCUGACGAAGGUGUUGAAGCUACCAUUUGGCAAUUAGCUAAAGCUUAUGCUGCUGUAACUGAUUCCGGCUACCAUCAGCUCAUUAGUCACUGGUUGAAUACACACGCAGUGAUUGAGCCUUUUGUGAUAGCAACAAAUAGGCAGCUAAGUGCACUCCACCCAAUCCACAAACUCUUGCAACCCCAUUAUCGUGACACUAUGAACAUAAAUGCGCUUGCCAGACAGAGUCUUGUUAGUGUAAAUGGUGUUAUAGAGUCCACAUUUUUGCCAGGAAAGUAUGCUAUGGAAUUGUCAUCGGUGGUUUAUAAGGAUUGGGUUUUUACUGAUCAAGCACUUCCUACAGAUCUCAUUAAAAGAGGAGUUGCGGUACAGGAUUUGAAUUCUCCUCAUGGGCUUCGUCUGUUGAUAGAAGACUAUCCAUAUGCUGUUGAUGGGCUAGAGAUAUGGUCUGCAAUUAAAUCUUGGGUUAAAGAAUACUGCUCUUACUACUACAAUACUGAUGCCAGUGUCCAGAAAGACACAGAACUUCAGGCAUGGUGGAAGGAAGUUAGGGAAGUGGGUCAUGGUGACAAGAAAGAUGAGACCUGGUGGCCAAAAAUGAAAACUCUUGAGGAACUAAUUGAGUCAUGCACCAUACUCAUAUGGAUUUCUUCUGCUCUUCAUGCAGCUGUCAACUUUGGACAGUAUUCUUUUACUGGGUACCUUCCAAAUCGCCCCACAUUAAGUCGACGGUUCAUGCCUGAAGAAGGCACUCCAGAAUAUGAGCAGCUUAAGUCUGACCCUGAAAAAGGUUUCUUACUGACAGUUACUUCUGAAUUUCAAAGCCUUGUUGGGAUUGCCCUCGUUGAGAUUUUGUCUAGGCAUGCCUCAGAUGAGGUCUAUCUUGGUCAGAGAGAAAAUCCUGAUUGGACAUUAGAAGCUGGUCCCUUGCAAGCUUUUGACAAAUUUGGAAGAAAACUUAGUCAAAUUGAAGACGCAAUUAUGAGGAGGAACAAUGAUUUGAAUAUGAAGAAUCGAGCUGGCCCAGUCAAGUUCCCAUAUGGUUUGCUCAUUCCUACAAGUGAACAAGGGCUCACUGGUAGGGGGAUUCCCAACAGCAUCUCAAUCUAAAGCUUGUCUAAUUGUGUUGUUGUUGCUGCUUUUGUUGUUCAACUAUUUAUCUUUCCUAUUGUUCCCAAAAUUAUGUUAAGUGUCUUAAUUAUUCGGUGUGCUUGUAAGUACUUAUUGUCGCCUGAGUCUCCACUUGGAUGGAAUAAGUGUUGGCGUCAUUAAGAGGGCCUUGGGCUUUUGUAGUACUAAUUUACUUGCACUAUGAAUGAUGCUUAAUCGUGUAUGAAUCUCAAUUAAAUAAAGUUUUUUUCCAAGUUU